AUGAAGGAGGUGUCUUUUGUGGAUUGCCUUUUUCUCGGCUUGGCUAUGGCCUCUUUUGUAGCCGGUACAGAGGAUAAGUCAGACUGCCCCAAGUUGUGCAUUUGCGAGAUGCGACCAUGGUUUUCGCCAAGUUCGGUGUACAUGGAGUCACUCACUAUUGACUGCAAUGACUUGGGAUUAUUCAGCCUCCCAGAGAAACUACCACUGGCAACACAGGUACUGCUACUGCAAACAAACAAUAUCGUAAAGGUGGACACAGCGUUGGAUUAUUUGGCGAACAUCACAGAAAUCGAUCUAUCGCAAAAUAACGUUGCGUCUCUCAGCGAUGUCCACUUCGGAAGUCUCACUCAGCUUCUGUCGCUUCACUUGGAGGAGAAUUUGAUACAAGAGUUGCCAGAAAGGUGUUUGGCGGAGCUAGCUAACCUUCAAGAGCUAUACAUGAAUCACAACCUCAUCUCGUCCAUCUCCCCGUUGGCUUUUCAAGGUCUGCGCAGCCUCGUCCGCCUUCACCUCAAUUCAAACAAACUGAAAACCAUUAAUAGAGAGUGGUUUGAAGCAAUGCCGAACCUUGAGAUUCUGAUGAUUGGCGAAAACCCAGUUGUUUCGAUUGAGAAUAUGAAUUUCAAACCACUCGGUAACCUUCGCAGUCUCGUCCUCACCAGAAUGAAUCUCUCCCAGCUCCCUGAAGACGCGCUCACCGGCCUUGAAAACUUAGAAAGCAUUUCGUUCUAUGAUAACAUAUUUCCGGAGGUGCCGCAUUCAGCCCUGAAAAAUGUGAAAAAUCUCAAGUUUUUGGAUCUUAACAAGAAUCCAAUUAGUAGAAUACAGAGAGGCGAUUUUGUGGAUAUGUUUCAUCUAAAAGAAUUGGGAAUUAACAGCAUGCCCGAGUUAGUUUCAAUCGACAGCUUCGCACUUAGUAAUCUCCCGGAGUUGACCAAAAUAGAAGCCACCAACAACCCCAAACUGUCCUAUAUUCACCCCAAUGCUUUCUACAAACUCCCCCGGCUUGAAACGUUAAUGCUAAAUGGCAAUGCACUCAGCGCCCUUCACCGGAUCACAGUGGAGUCCCUUCCAAAUCUCCGAGAGGUUAGCAUGCACAGUAAUCCUAUUAGAUGUGACUGCGUGGUGCGCUGGAUGAACAUGAAUAAAACUAACAUUAGAUUUAUGGAGCCAGAUUCUCUGUACUGUGUUGAACCACCCGAGUACGAGGGCCAGCAUGUACGCCAGGUGCACUUCAGGGAGAUGAUGGAGAUCUGCUUGCCUCUUAUCUCUCCUGAAAGCAUGCCCGGGCACGUCAAGACACAAAAUGGCAGCUCCGUGUCGCUCCAUUGUCGCGCCUUCGCCGAACCAGAGCCAGAAAUUUACUGGAUCACACCCUCCGGUAUGAGAAUCUUGCCCAAUACUGUUUCUGACAAGUACUACAUGCACCCAGAGGGGACUUUUGACAUUUACGACAUCACUGAGAAUGAAGCGGGACUUUACACAUGUGUUGCCCAUAACCUUGUCGGAGCAGAUCUCAAAUCGGUCUCCGUUGAAGUGAAUGGCUAUUUCCCCCAGCCUGUGAAUGGCUCUUUGAAUGUCAUAAUCAACUCAGUGGAGACAAACUCGGUAUUGCUUUCCUGGAAGGCUGGCCCUGGGACACUGGCUCCCAAUAUUAAAUGGUACACCAUGAGCGAGACAGACCAUCCCAGGACCGCAUUCACCACCAGGGUCCCAUCUGAUAUCCGAGCGUAUAACCUCACGCACCUCAGCCCGGCGACGCUGUACAAAGUCUGCGUAGAGGUCCACGGCGUCCAUUACAACCACGAAACCAAAUGUCUGGAUGUCACCACUAAAGGGAUCGAGCUGGCCGUGAGGGACACAGAGAAAUGGGAUGCGGCCGUGAUAACUAUCUUCGGGGUGCUUUUGGCAACAACAUCAGUGGCCUGUCUUCUUAUUUAUGUGUCACUAAGGAACCACCAUCUUUACGGGCAGAUUAGAAAGUGCGAGUCGAAACUGGCGCUGACACCCGCCGAGGAAAACAGUAUGAACUCUCCCUUCUUUACAAAGCUGUGGUUUGCUGGUAAAGGACUACCGAGCGGGGUGGAAGUUAAAGCCACAGUCAUAAAUGUAUCUGACAAUGCCUUUUAA